UCACUUUCCACAAACAGAACUACAAGACACCAAGGCAUCUAUUCUUCCUUCCUCGGCAUUCUAGAUUCGAAUUGCAUACCUCCAACAUGUCAACCCCUGCCUCUCGAGUUAAUGCCGCAAAGGAGAGAGCUCUUGCAAUCAAACAGCUCCAGGAGGAAGCCCUGAAACGUCUCCCCCUCAACACCCUCUACAUCGUUCUCUGGAUCCGGUCGGAUCCCCCACGACUCAAUGACUUCCACUGGGGUUACUACUUCCACAAGCUUUCCUCCGGAGGCACCAAAUACCACAUGACGAAUUUGGGUGGUGGAUGGAUCCCCGACCAUGGUUUGACCGGAGGAGUGUUCAAAUCCAACUUCCUGUGCGUUCUCGUCGAGAUUGCGACUAUUCCACCGGCACAGCACGACCAGGUCGACCAGAUCAUGAGGUUCCACGAUGGUGAUAUCAACUCAAUCCCCGGAGUGACUUGCCGGGUCUGGGUUUUGACGAUCCUGCAGAAGUUGAUCCAGAAUGGAUUGGUCCUGUGCAAUGACAUCAAGGCCUUGGAGCAGGAAUGCAUGGGGUUUGGGAAUCAGUAUCAAGGGGCAGCUGCGCAGAAUGACCAGCCGCGGCCGGUGGUCAAGUCCAGGCUGUGUCAGUAAAGAUGAGGAGGCUCACAGAGAGACGAAGAGGGGGAGGGGCGAAGGUUGUUGCUUGUGAAUUUUGUUUUCAUGUCCACGAGGAUGCCGUGUUUUGUCACUUUUGUAUGCAACGGCCGCUUUGAUACUGUUUGUUUUAGUGUUGUGAAUGUCUUUGAUUCUCGUAUGACUGCAACUCAAAGAUCGGUUGAGUCCUUGGAAGCAAGGUGUAUUCGAGAUGUACACUGUUUCAUUAGGUAAUCUUGUACCUUAGUCAAUCUAGCUAGAAGGCUAUAUAGGAAUCAACGGUCAACAG